CUUGACACGUUCCGCUGUCCAUCGCUUGAUCUUAUUCGUAGCUUAUCUUUGUACAAGUGAGGUCGUUAUUAUAUAAUAUAAAAGUUAAUUCAGUGAUGUUUUUCCGCGUUGGUGCUUAAAUUUAAUUAUUAUCGUGGAUAAUAAAUUAAUAAAAUGAAGUGUAAUUGUGAUUACGUUCUUCAUUGCAACACUUUGGAGCCGCAUUACGACAACUGUGCUACCGUAUGGGAGACAUCGCACCCAGGAAAGGAAUACCCGAAAAACGCAGAUGGCACCAUGCGCUUGCCAAAUAAGAACUUGGAUAAGUUGGAAUCCGAUGUGUUGUAUCAUUUGGGCUUGGAUACGAAAAAUUACGAUCUGCCCGCUUUGUUCGGUGAUGUCAAGUUCGUAUGUAUAGGCGGCACAAAGCAUAGAAUGAGAGAAUUCGCGGAAUUUGUUUCAUUUAAUGUUUUCCAUCGAAAAAACGUUAAAUUGGUUAACCUUACGAAGCAUUCGCAUCGUUACGCGACUUACAAAGUUGGACCAGUCCUAAGUGUCAGUCACGGGAUCGGUAUACCGUCUAUGACAACGGUCCUACAAGAGAUCAUUAAGCUGCUGCAUUACGCCAAGGCUGUCGACCCUAUAGUGUUCAGAAUUGGCACAUCGGGGGGGCUCAGUAUACCACCAGGUUCCGUCGUUGUAUCGAGCUGGGGCCUAAACGGAUAUUUGGAGAAGAGUUACGAUAUUCCGGUUAUGGGUCGAUCAUUAAAGCUACCCGCUAUUUUAGAUAAAAGAUUGAGUCAGGAAAUAUAUUCUAUGGCAUCUGAGGAGGAUGAGUUUCAAACAUAUCUCGGAGGCACGAUGGGCGCCGAUGAUUUUUACAGAGGUCAAGCCCGUUUGGAUGGACCUUUCUGUGAUCACACAGAAGAGGACAAGCUGGAAUUCCUUGAGAAAUUAUCAGAAAUGGGUGUGAGGAAUAUAGAGAUGGAGGCGCCCGCUUUUGCGGCGUUAACAAAAGAAGCCGGUAUACGAGGGGCGAUCGUUUGUGUUACUCUAUUAAACAGACUUGAAGGAGAUCAGGUAAGCACCGAGAAGGGUACUUUGUUGCAGUGGCAGAAGAGACCAAUGGCUAUUGUGGCCAAAUUUAUAUCUAAAUACUUAGAUAGUAGUAUGAACGGAUGGAAAUAGCUUUGAGUGUUUGAAUAAAAACGACUUAAAUUGUAUAUUAUUAUGUAUAUUUGACAGGUGUUUUUGGUGAAACAGUCACAACAAAAAUUUGAAUUCAAUUAUAAUGAUCGAAU